ACUGACAAUCAAGUUGGAACUUCCCACGGUUAAUCACUAUCUGAGCAAAAACAAAAAUUGAAAAAAGUGCCAAAUAGCAAUUCGGGAACUAAAACAAUUACAUAUAUACAUUUACAAAAUACCGUUAUUGUAAAAACGUUUCUGAGGCAAACACAAAUUAACCAACCUUACGCAAAUACACCUAAACAAUUAAUUUUUAACUGGUACAUCUACCAACAGGCGCCAAUAAUUUCUAUAGUGAGUUUAUAACCUGUAAUACAAUAUAAUUUUGAUUUUCCGCUGCUUCAUAUGACUGCGUUGAAACUACUUUACGGCUCCAAGAGAUAAAAUGCAUAACACAUUUUCAGCAUUUACCAAAAUUUCUGAUAUUCCGCAAACGAUUGCCCACAUUUAAAAAGUGAUAUCAAUAAGGCAAAAACAUUGUCAGUUUAUCUGAACGUAUUGAAUAGCUUGACCGAACCUCGCUAAAACAAAUAAAGACGUACUAACGACAAUAAUUAGUGUAACAACUGGUAGGGUUAUAACACACCGAGAAAUUUUACUCGUAAAACUACGACUAGAAAGGAAGCAAUGGAAUUAGUAUCUCAUAAAAAGUAAUGUCAAACACUAGUUGUUGUAUACAAAAUAUAAUAGCCGUGCUCAUCCUGAAUUGUAAUCCCCAAAUGAAAACAUGAAGAUUUACAUAAUUUGAUCGUACGAGUUUACAAAUUUUCUAUCAUUCGAAAAGUAUUAUCGGAAACAAUAAUUUUGCUCAAUAGUGGAGACAAAUUUAUAUAAACGUCGCAAGUAAUGGCGAUGGAAUGGAUUACCGCGAUGGACAAACGUCCUUGUGAUCGCAAUUUACGCGAUGCUGAAUUGAUAUCCUGUCGUCUGCGACGCGUGGAGCCACUGUGUCGUCUGCCAAGUUCGGCAUUGCAGCAAUUAGCCAUGUGCGGCUUCUAUGAGGAUUUAGAAAAGGGUGUGACAUUAUUUCGUGCUGGUGAACAGGGGCGUUUUUGGUACGCCGUUCUAGGUGGGUCGCUUGAAGUUCGUUAUCAUGCUUCAGAGACCGAUGCCAAAGCACCAGUAACUUUGUGUAAUCUUAGUGUGGGCGCUACAUUCGGGGAGUCCAUAUUACACGAACUACCAAGAGACAGCACUGUUGUCACGAAAACCACUUGUGAGUUGCUUCGUGUGGAACAACAAGAUUUUCGACUUAUUUGGGAAAAAAAUAAAGAAUUGAUGAAUGACAUUAUUACAACUUGCAAAUUGAAAAAUGGGUUUGGUUCCGGAGUUUCACCAAUUGCUUCGUCUCCAACUAAGCGUCCUCUAAGUCCAGAUCAUCCGAAUCCGGCUUUACCUAUUUCAGAGUCUCCGAGUUCUACUAUGAGUCGAAUGGGAUGGGCCUUGCGUACACUCCUUAUUGCUGACAGUUCAAGUUGUCUCAAGGAUAGAAAAGUAGCUGGUAAAUUUAUUCGAAAAUGUGCACCAGGAACGGAAUUAGUGGAUUGGCUGUUGAAUUUGUCAUCUAUUGUUCACACUCGAGCCCAAGCUGCUGGCAUGUGGCAAGCACUGCUUGAAGAAGGGGUGCUAUCCCAUGUGAAUAAAGAGCAACCCUUUAAGGAUAAAUGUUUUUUGUACCGUUUUCGUGUUGACGAAGAUGGCAGUGCUGGCAGCUACUCAACGACCGAGGAUACUAAUGCAGCUAAUGAAUAUGUUCGCGAGUCUCUGAGCACACUUUUCCAACGUGGACCAGAUGCAAUACUGCGAAUGAUUUUACGAAAGCCCUCACACGAACGAACUCCUGAAGAACUUGAACUGAUUUUUGAGGAGCUUUUACACAUAACAGCCCUUUCACAUUUGUCGACAAGUAUAAAACGUGAACUCUCCUCCAUUAUCGUUUUUGAAUCGCAUGCACAAGCUGGAACAAUACUAUUUAAUCAAGGUGAUGAAGGUCGUUCAUGGUAUAUAUUGCUCAAGGGAUCUGUGGACGUGGUAAUACAUGGGAAAGGUACCGUAGCUACUCUUAAGAAUGGUGAUGAUUUUGGUAAACUCGCAUUAAUAAACGACGCUCCCAGAGCAGCAACAAUCGUCUUAAAGGAGAAUAAUUGUCAUCUUUUACGCGUUGAUAAGGAACAUUUCAAUCGUAUUCUGCGCGAUGUAGAGGCAAAUACACUGAGACUUCAAGAGCACGGCAAGGAUGUUUUAGUGCUCGAGCGUGUGGCUAAGCAAAGGGGCCAGCAUUCAGCAUUUAAAUAUACGGUAAUGUCGGGAACUCCAUCAAAGAUGUUGGAACAUUUAUUGGAAACACGGCUCGGAAAUCAAGUGAGCGGUUUGGAUCCCUUUUUGGACGAUUUCUUGCUUACACACAUAGUUUUCAUGCCUGUUGUGCAGCUAGUGGAUGAACUGGCCAAUUA